AGAAGAUAAUUUAAUGCCAUAGACAAUAAACUUUGCCUCAAUUCCAUACGACGUUUAGUUUUUUUCUAUCCUGCUCCCCAAAAAAAAAUCGUAAAAAUGAAAAACCGAAAAAUCGCGCGUCAAAGUUUUCGCUUUCUGCCCAAGCGCUCAUAUAUCUGCUAGACCCUCGGUCACUAUUUCCCUUCAAGCUUCGACAAUAUUUCGAAUUUCCAUCUAUAACUAUGGGGACAUAUUCUUAGAAAAUUUUUAAAGAGAUUUAAGCAAAAAAAAUUUGAUUUUUUGAAGCUUCUAAAGCAGGCUCACCCCUUAAAAAAGACUUACAAAACGUAACAAACGUAACUUAACACCCAAAUGCGUCUUUAUUCAUUCGAUAAAUGUUAUCUCUUAAAAUCUUUCUUUAAUUCGGAACUCAUUAAAAACUUGCAAGUUUUGCCACAUUAGUAAACAGCUGAUUCGAAUAUUGGCUUUGCGUAUGUUCGAAAAGACGAAAGUCCAAUCAGAUUCAGUGACAUCAUUGAAAGUCAGAACUAGUUUGCAAUUCUGACGGCUAAGCUAUUCUGUCUUCGAUUCCACAACACCUCUGAAUAUUUUCCUCGAAUUUACACUGUACAUAUCCGCCGAUGUGAAGUAUGUACAUAUACAGAUGUAUGUAAGCUCAAAUUUAUUAUUGGCCUACUUAUUUACCGUUUUAAACAGGGCAUAAAAAUCGGUUAUUCCGUGACCGUAGAAACGGCUGUCAUAGGAAUUGAAAACUCGUGUACAACUACCGCUAUACGAAAAAUUCACUAUUCACAGCAAUAUAAUUCCAUUACAUCUGUAUGUGCAAACUUCUUUCUACUUACGUAUCGAUAAAAACAAAGGGGGUUAGAUCACAGGUCACUUUCGGUCCGUAGACCGGCGUUCAAAAAUAAAAUGAAAUUUUUUCUUGUGUUAUAUAUAACACAGCAACAAGAGUUGUGCUGAGUAUUAAUUAUGUUUCCCAUGAAAUUUUUAUACUCAUGUAAUCUUGCAGAGUACAAUAGUUUUGUUCAUCUAACGGUUGUAUGUAUCACCUAAAAUUAAGAAAGAUAGAGAUAUGUAAAAUAAUAAAAAAUCAAGAUGACGAUAAAUGUUGAAAAAUGGGUGACUGUCCGUCCGUCCGCCUGUGCAAGCUUUAACUUGAGCAAAAAUUGAGAUAUCUUGAUGAAACUUGAUAUACAGGUUCUUUAGCACAAAAAAAAAUUACCAGCUCGUAAUGGGUGUAAUCGAUCUAGUACCACACCCACAAAAUGUCAUUAACCGAACCACCCAUCAUAAAUGUUAUAAAAACUCUUACCGACAGUGUGAAAUCGGAAGAUAACUCCGCUCACUUUCCUUAUAGCGGAACUAUUAAAAUCUUCUAAAAGCGCAAUAAAUCAAUAUUUAAAUACGCCAGAGGCAUUAAUGGCGCAAUUCUGUAAGCAGUCUCUAGUCACUAUUUGAGACAUUUUGAAGUAAAGUCUCAAUUUGUGACGAAUUACUAUUCACAACAUAGUCUCUAGUCUUUAGUCAAAAAAUAUUGUCUUAAAAUUGUCGCCUGGUCACAAAACUAAAAAGACAAGUCAAUUAUAGUGAUAUCAUAGGUAUUAAUCGAUUGUCGUCUUUUUAUAUUUUGUAAGCAACUCAAACACGAAAAAGUUAAAAGUAAAUCAAUUUCUCUAAUUUCAAAUCUCAAUUUUAGAGACUUGUUGCUCUAUCGCAGUACGGAAUUGCGGUAUAAAUAUUACCAUCCAGAUGGUAUGAGAGGGCCUUAUCUGAGCCGGUUUGAAAAUUGGACAAUGGGCGCGGCACCACCCAAUUUUUGGUGAAAUCCUUAAAAUAUAAUAUGUGUGACCCCAGUACCUAAAGUUGACUUCAAUUGAAAUUCAGAGAGAACAUUUUCCUGACAAUUAUAUCAAUGUGUAUCAAAAAUGUGUUGAAUCGGGUCAAUACUUCCCUGAGCCCCCAUAUACGGAAUAUAAAGAUUUUCGAACUUCUUGAUCACUUUACAUAUACUAUAUAUAUCGGUCAAUAUUUCAGUUAUCUGAACGAAGAUUACAGAAUGAUUUUUUUCAUAACAGUGUAUCUAUGUGUGUGCCUAAAAUAGAUAAAUAAGCUGAAUAUAUCGGUCAGUUUUAUAUGGUAUAUCUACUAUAUAAAAAUAAUUCGGGUUUUCCUUCCUGACGCUAUAACUCCUUAACGCAUUAACCGAUUUCCACGGUUUUGCAUUCCUUGGAAAGGUCUCGGGCUCCGUGAGGUUUAUAGCAAAGAAAAUUCAGGAAAAAUUUCAACAGAAAAUCGGGAAAAUCUUUUUUUUACAUACAGCGCCAUCUCUGAUACAUAGCAUGUACUACAAACCAAUAUUUUAAGUAAUUUGCGCCGGUGCGUGAUACAUUGUUUGACAGCUACUCAUUGUUCUCUGCUCAGUUAAUUUCAUGUGACAAACCGGUAUUGUGUUCACUGUGAAAUUGUGAAAUAAAAUUUAAAAAAAUAAGUUAUUCGUUUCCUAAUAUUUCAAGUGGAAACCAUCAAAUCAAUCACGUGUUUUGUGCAAAUUUUUAUUCAAUUUCAACAGCAGGCAUUUGUCUUUAAGGUGGUAAGUUGAACUGUGUAAAUUACGUGGACCGUGCAUUUGAGGUUAAAUUCACCACUUUGUCCAUAGUCCGAAAUGCCAAAAUACAAGCCAGCAACAAGUGUAUUCACAGAAUUUUAGCGAAGAAAUACAAAAUAUAAUAAGAGAAAAUGCCCGAUUGAGACAACGCGUGAGGACACGAAUGCCCCUAUUGCGGUUUUUAACCCGACUUGGUCGAAUUGAAGUUAAGGCAACUCAACUACAGAUCAACCAAACUCUUUUUUGGUAUUGCGAACUUCAACUAAGUUCAGUCGAAGUAUGAUUGGCGUUGCCAACCUAAGAAAAGGAAAUUUGACAGAUAGUGAAACAGCUAAAAUUUUGUAAACGACAUAUUUAAAAAAUUGAAUUCAGUUGCCGCUCGCGAAAAAGUGAAUAAACAUAUAUAAUAAACAAUAAAUAAAAAAUGGAUAUAAGUUUUGAUUUAUAUUACAAUGACGAAAAUGCUGGGGGCAAAAUUGAUGUGCUACGUAUACGAAAAAGCCUUCGUGAUCACUCAAAUCCAUUGGAGCUUCCAAAUGCAAAAUUCAUAAGUUAUUUUCGAUUAAAUAAAGAAGCAUUUUAUUUUUUACUGAAUGAGAUGAAGGAACAUUUCCACAAACGUGUGCGAGGAACGGCCAUACUUCCUAUAUUAAAAUUAUGCGCAACUCUGCGUUUCCUUGCUGACGGUGGUUAUCAAAAAUGCAGUGGAAAUGAUUUUAACAUUGGGUUGGCGCAACCUACGAUAUCUUUAGUAAUUAAAGAGGUUCUAAAUAUAAUUGAACAACGUAUUUGUGCCCAAUGGAUUAAAAUUCAAAUGACUGAGGAGGAGCAAAACGUUUCAAAAGUUUCAUUUUAUUCAAAAAGUGCUUUCCCGGGAGUAGUUGGUUGCAUCGACGGCAUGAGUCGCAUAAUUUCACCAAGAAAAGAAGUGCAACAUCUUUAUCUUAACAGAAAGGGCUACUACAGUUUAAACGUGAUGAUUCUUUGUGAUUAUAAAAUGUCUAUUCGGUAUGUGGAUGCUAGGCAUGCAGGCGCAAAUCAUGACUCUUUUGUUUUCAGUGUUAGCGAUUUGAAAGUGCAUUUACAGAACAACAUACAGAAUAACACUUGGAUCUUGGGCGACGCUGGCUAUCCUCUGCACAAAUUUUUAAUGACUCCUUAUCGCUUGGCGGAAGCUUCUUCACCCCAAGCACGCUACAAUACAGUACACUCAAAGGCCCGGAAUAUUGUAGAGCGGACAAUUGGUGUACUCAAGAGUAGAUUUCGAUGUAUUUUAUCUGUACGAGGUUUACAUUACACUCCCGAAAAGGCUACGCAAAUUGUGAAUGCUUGUUGCGCAUUGUACAAUAUUUGCCAACACUUUCAAGUGGAAUCUCCGGAAGAAAUACCAUCUACUUCACAUAUUACAAUGACCAAUGAUAUUUUGGACAUAGAAAGAGAAGAAGAGGAUACGGCUCGAAUAAUUCGCAUUAAUAUUAUGACUUCCCUCUAAACAAUUAAAAUAUUAAAUUUCAUUUAUUAUUUCUAAUGUGCUAUUUAUUCGGGCAAAUAUUUAAAUUUUAUUUAAAUAAAUUCAU